AUGAAGUGUAAAGCCACGGAGGCUGGUUAUGCUCACUUUUAUAACAAAGGCCCAGAUAACAAAGCAUCUCACACUGAGCAUCUUGCAGAGCUGAAUGAAGAGGUUGAGAAGAAUGACGAGGCUGACCAGAAAAUUGAGCAAGACGGCAACAAACCUGAGGAUAAAGCUCAUAAGGCUGCCACCAAAAUCCAGGCUAGCUUCCGUGGACACAUAAUCCGGAAAAAACUCAAGGACGGGAAGAAGGAGGAUGGUCCAGCGGCCACGGGGGAAGCAAAGGCAGCGAGUGAGGAUAAGAAAGAAGCCUCCUCUCCAGCAGUGGAGAACAAAGAUGGCCCGUUGGAAUCUGCACCACAGCAGAAUGCAGCCAAUGCUGACACCAAAACCGAGGAUGGAGAGAAAGCCACCAGCACUGAUGCUGCACCUGCCACAGCCAGUAAGGAGGAUGGGGGGCCUGCUGCCGGGACUGACUCUUCAGGAAAGGCCAAGGAUAGUUCUGCCACCUCGGAGGAAAAGCAGGUAGCGGAGAGCGAAAACAAAGAGGCCCCUCCUGCCGAGGAGGGUACUGCCACCCCCAAUGCUUCCACUGAAAGUGCCCCAUUGCCGAAUGCUGUCGAAACUACGGAGAAAGAAGAGCCCAAACAAGCCGACGUGCCUGCCGUUGAAGCCAAGGAAACAACACCCAAGGCCCAAAGUGAAGAGACUGACACCAGCCAACAGCAAGACAAAAAAGAUGCUGCAGAGGAAUCCAAACCUACUGAAAGUGCCCAGCCAGAUAAGGUACAGAACGAAGAGCCCAACGCCGAACAGGGAGACGCCUAAGCCCGAAUGCCGGCUCGCUCCAAGUCUUCUGAUUGUGUGGACCGUCUAAUUAUUUUUUUUUUGUGUGGGCAAAAACAAAAAAAAAAGAACAAACAAAAAGUUUUUAAACAAUUGGCAGGAAAGUUUUGCAGUCCAAAACUAUUUAAAAAAUAAAUAAAUAAAAAAAGCGUGGCUUCUUUUCAGUGUUCUAGGUGUUGUAAUGACAGUUUGAUAUGACCAAUCAUUUGGAAAUCUUCUUGCACUGUAUAAAUCAAAACAAAAAAAAAAAGUUCUUCUGGCUAUUUUUCAUGUCCCAGUGCGUGCAAUGUCCAGUUUCAAUAUAAGGAGUUCAAACUGUAAGUGAACAAAAUGGUUUCAUUUCAAUGUGAUGGGAAUGACCUAUUUUUUUUUUCCGUUUGUUUCCAGAAUAAAGCAAUGUGCCAAUUA